ACUUUUCUAUUAUUCUUGUGUUUGUUGAUUUUAGGGUUCUGAAUUUGGACCUGUCUAUUCGAGUUUUAGUACAUUUUGAUUUUUUUUUUUACUCACUUCAAUCCAGGGUACAACAUGGCGCACACGUGCAGGCAGGUGAGCGGAAGUGUGGCGAGCUGCGCGGGUUGGGUGGGCCUCAUCGUGGCCACGGCCACCAACGACUGGGUCAGAACCUGCGACUACACCGUGGCCACCUGUGUCCGCAUGGACGAGCUGGGGUCCCGCGGCCUGUGGGCCGAGUGCGUCAUCUCUCCAGCCCUUUACCACUGCGCCGCCCUCAGCCAGACCCUUAAUCUGCCUGCUUACAUCCAGACAUCCCGCGCUUUGAUGGUGUGUGCGUGUCUUCUGGGGCUUCCCGCCAUGCUGUUGGUCCUCAUGUCCACUUCCUGUGUGCGGCUGCUGCAUGACUCCUCCACCAUUAAGCAGCGGCGGGCCCGGGUGGGCGGCAGCCUCUUACUGCUUAUGGGGGUCUGCGGCCUGGUGUCCACCGUCUGGUUCCCCGUUGGCGCUCACCAAAAUGAGGCUCUGAUGUCAUUCGGCUUCUCGCUCUACACCGGCUGGGUGGGCGUGGCACUCUGCUUCCUGGGCGGCUCGUUGGUUUUGUGUUGCCACGCCCCCACCGACCCGGGGGCCUUCAGCAGGGAGAGCAGCUUCUUCUACUCCAGACAGCGAGGGGGCGCCGUCGUAAUGGACCGUCCGGCCAACCACGCCAAGAGCGAACAUGUGUGAGGGCGCGUG